AUGGAUUCCCUCGUCCUAAGCCCUCUCAACUCCAUCGAGAACCAUCUCAACGCCCUUGUUGCAAACCUCACCCAGACCAACACAUUCAACAAUGCACCGCCACUGGCAAAAGAUCUUGUGACCGACGACGAUAAUCUAUCCGCUUCCCUCACACUCCUCCGAAAGCAUCAACAGAACUACGCGCGUCUUCUGAACCUCCGGGCUGAGGUUGAAGAUCUACAGACACAACUCCAAGACACGAUCCGUCGGAGCGUUGCGUUUCGGGAAGAGAUCCUCCAGAUCCACCCUGCGAUACUCGACGACUCCGAUGACGAGGAGGACAGCGAAGAAAACCAUGUAGCGGAAAUAGAUUACCACACGUUGCUGGCGUUUGCCGCACGGAUAGGUAAACACAAUGCCGCUGCCGCACGAGAAGCCGAGGCAGAAGCUGUGAGACGGAAAGUCGCUGCGAAGCGCGAGGCGGCCAACGGGGCAGUUGAUGGAGAAGAGAAUGCUACAGCAGAGACAGAGGCCGAACUCGAGCGGAUCAACAACACGGUUGCGCAGACUAGAGCGCAGAUGGGCAUGUCCUUCCCCGAUGCAAACUUGCUUCGUGUGGGCGCAUUGGGACAGCUACAACUGUAUCAGGAGAGACAAGCGGCCGCGGGUGGAAACACACAAGAUGCGUUGGACCGAGAGGUUGAGAGGCUCGUUCGGGAAACUGAAAAUAUUGCGGAGGCGGUGGUUGAACCCGCCGAAAACACCGCAACCGAAGAAGGACUGGGCUGGACCAGUCCAGAAUUGGCGAGGCGGACGUUGCCUGGAUCUUCAGGUCAAGCAGGGCCGGCUCAUGGAUCAAGUCAGGCAUCAAUGUCACAACAAGCAAAGCGACCAGGGGGUGAAGCGCCGCCAAAGCGGAAAGUUGCUCUGGAUUUCCCUGGCAGCGACGACGACGAGGACGACGACGAUUGA